CAAAGAGCGGACUUAGCAUUAUACUUGGCAUCCCAGACUGCAGCUGUGUGACAACAUGCCCAGGAAAUAGGAGCAGUGCUGGGGACUACCCGGAAGUCACCUGUCAAGGGAAGGUGCUAGUGACUUCUGUUCCCCUUACAGGUGCAAAGUAUAAGUCCCAGGACAGUGGCCAGCAGCCCUCUGAGUAGAAGUGAAUGCAGUUAUUGCUUUGGAAGUGACAAACUGCGGGGAAAGGAGAGGUUGUGCCAAAAUGGCAGAAUAUAGUCCUAAGACACAGUUGUACAAGGGCAAACUUCAUGAAUAUUGUCAGAAGCAUAAGAUUCAACUUGAUUAUAAGGAUGUCAAAGUAGAUGGUCCUCCUCAUGAUCGUGUGUUCACUGUCAUGGUUGUAAUAAAUGGUAAAGAAUAUCCUCCAGCUACAGGUAAAAACAAGAAAGAUGCAAAAGAAAAGGCUGCAAAGGCAGCAUGGAAUAUCAUAACACAACCUGAUGGGGUUUUGCUCCCACAAGUUCUUCAGCUGCAACCAUCACCAUCACCAUCACCACCACCACCACCACCACCACCAGUAUCAUCAUCAGAUGAAAAGCCACAUGACUAUCUCUCCCUGCUUUCUCACUACGGACAAAAAAAUAAAAAAAAGAUUGACUAUGUUUUAAAAGAAGAAUGUGGACUUCCUCAUAAAAAAACAUUUUCUUAUGUCUGUAAAAUUGACGAUAAGAUUUAUGGUGAAGGCACGGGAAACGAUAAAAAAGCUGCAAAACAGGCUGCUGCAAAAUGUGCAUAUGAGCAGUUAACAUCCGAAGAAACUUCAACGAGACACACACCUGUUGCAAAUUCUGCAAAUAGUGGACUUAGUAAUUCCAAUGACAUGUCAGACUCGUCAUCUGCAUAUGGUACUGAUUCUUCAUCUAAAAAUGGAAGCUUGUUAAAUAAAAUGAAUGGCAUGAGAAUAGAUGAACCAUCUUCAUCUCCUGGGACAACUCCCCAAAAUGCUGCCGUGAAAUCUAAGAGAAGAGAAAACACACCUAAAUUGGCACCCACGUUCUCCGGUGCGCAGGUCAAAGAAGAAAAUAAGUACACUAAGAAUGAAAGAUUUAUCAGCGAUUUUGAAGAAAUAGAGCCAGUUGGCAUUGGUGGAUUUGGGAAUGUUUUCAAGGCAAAAAAAAUUAUUGACAAGAACAGCUAUGCUAUCAAGAGAGUCAAGUGGAAUGAUAAAGUACACCGUGAGGUACAAGCACUAGCACAGUUUGAGCAUAAAAACAUCGUACGGUAUUACACCUCUUGGCGUGGGAAAGACUAUAUUAAUUCUGAGAACAGUUCAAGCCUUUCAAGACCGAGGUCAGAUUUGCUCUGUGAUUGCCUUUUUAUCCAAAUGGAAUUCUGUGAGAAAGGAACAUUGUAUGACUGGAUUAAUAAGAAAAGAGGGACGGAAAAUUACCAGGCUGAGUCUCUCAUCAAAUUUCGCCAAAUAGUGACAGGAGUGGAAUAUAUUCAUUCUAAAAAGUUGAUUCACAGAGACCUCAAGCCCCUCAACAUAUUCAUAUCUAGUGAAGAUAUAAUAAAAAUAGGUGACUUUGGACUUGUAACUUCAAUGACAGAUGACCUGCGGACAACAGAAAAGGGAACAAGAUUGUACAUGAGCCCUGAACAGAAGGGGGACACAUAUGGACCUGAAGUGGAUAUAUUUGCACUAGGAUUAAUUCUCUUUGAAAUUGUUUGGAUAUUUCCCACUUGUGCUGAAAAAUAUAUGGUGUGGGAACGAAUAAGAAAUUGCAAAUUUCCAGAGGAGUUCAACAAGAAAUUUCCUGCAGAGAAACUCCUCAUUGAGAAAUUGCUCUCAAUAAAUGUAGCAAAAAGACCUUCUGCAUCUCGUGUACUGGAGCUUUUGAAGCUUGUGGAUAAGAAGAAUCCAAAUAGCGCACGUACAUAUUAGGCCUCUGUUUUAAAGGAAGAACUGAAGCUCUGUCUCAGUCCAGAAUUUGACCCCAUCCACUCUGUUAAAAUGGCUGAAACGUGACAAAUGUAUUUGCAAUCUUGGGUCCAAGUCUAUUGCCUUGCACAAAACAGAUUUCCAUGUGGGUCUCUGCAGGAACUGGAGGAAUGAAAGUCUCUUGUGAUCCAGAGCAUUAGUAUAAAUUUCUACUUACACUCCAUCAGCUGGCGCCUUGUGCUCCUGCCCUUUCUCACCUGUGGGCAGGUGGUUUACAGAUGGAUCAGCAGUCAUGACUCCAUUGUUAUUUCCCUCCUCUGCUGUGGAGGCAACCACUAUGUAGUAUUGGUCCUUUAUGGCUUGGAGAAGUUCUCUAGCAUGAUCGCUCCACAACCUGCCUUACUGUUCAACAGAACAUUAGCAGAACUGGUGCAGAGGGAUUCUUAUUUCCAUAAGCAUGAAGGACAUAGGAGUUGUCCUUUUAUACUUAUGUUUGCUGCUGCCUGCUGUUUUAAAUCUUUUUCUCACUCCCAGAGUGUCCAAUAACCAUUUAUUUGUAUUUCACUUAGCAAUAUUGUGGGUUUUUUAUAGUAGGAAAUUUCAGCUGCAUUCGUGGGAGUGUUACAGCUAGAGUUGUAAGAGAGACUUAGGUGCAAAAGUAGCAGUUAGGCACCUCAGUACAACCUUUAAACACCACUUGCACUCACAAAAUCACUGCUCAGCUAACAUCUAUUACUAUAUGUUGCUAAAGUCAAGUUUCUACUAGGGAUGUUAAAUAUUCGUUAAUUGAAUAGUCGAUUAAAAAUUCUUAUCGGUUAGUUGACUAUUCUGUAGUCCCUGGGGGUGGGGCUG